AUGCUAGGAAGAGUUAACAUUGGGGGCGCAGAGUUGGAGUAUUUACUAGAAGGUGAAGGGUUGGGUGAUUUGAUAAUUACGCUUCAUGGAGGGAGAGGUUUUGGCAGUAAAGAGUCUGAUCAUUCAGUUUACAAAGAAUUGGCCUUAAGUGGGUACAGAGUUUUAAGUUUUGACUUUAGAGGACAUGGGAACAGUUCAUUUACUCCACCGUUUACGUUCAAGAGAAUUGUGGACGAUAUUGAAGAGCUAAGACAACAUUUCACGAAGGAUAAGGUCAUCAUUAUAGGUGGUAGUUUUGGUGGAUUUAUAGCUCAGCAGUAUGCGAUAACGUAUCCAAACUCACUUAAAGCCUUGGUUUUAAGAGGUACAGCACCUUCUCAUCAUCAUGAAGCUGAUGCUUUUAAGGUUUUGGAAAAAAGAUUAGAUAAAGCUCCAAAUGUCUCUGUUGAAAUGUUGAGAAAAGUGUUUUCAUCUUUUGAUAGCGAUGAAGAGUUUAGAUUAACCAUCUUUGCAAUGUUGCCAUUGUAUUCAGAGACCUAUGAUGCUAACCAGGGCUUGAAGUCUGCUCUAAAGACCAAAUAUAGAGCACAGAGUCAUAAUGAAUUGUAUUCUGAACAGGAGAAAUACUUUGAUUAUAGAGAAGGAUUGAAGCAGUUGAAUGUUCCAACUUUGAUUAUAGUGGGGGAUAAGGAUUGGAUAUGCCCUCCAAAACAGUCUCAAUUGAUACAUAGUUUAGUCAAGGACUCUGAAUUGCUUGAAGUUGAGGGAGCUAACCAUAGUGCCCACCUUGAGAAGAGAGCUUUGGUUUUAGAUAAGAUUUCCAGUUUCUUGAGAGAUCGCUUAUAG